AUGGUGACCAAAGUGCUGUGCGUGGCUGAGAAAAACUCCAUUGCGAAGGCAGUGGCACAGCAUCUUUCCGGUGGACGGCCUGACACUCAAAACAUACCAGGCGCUCAGUUCAACAAGAACUACGUCUUCAGCUACAACUUCCCGACGUGGGGCCCAUGCGAUGUGGUCAUGACCUCCGUGUCCGGUCACUUGAUGGAACGAGACUUCGACGCUCAGUACAAAAAUUGGCAGGCUUCCAAUCCCUCGGUUCUCUUCGAGGCCCGGAUCAACAAGAACGUCGCGGAGAACUCUGGAGGUAUCGCCAGAAAUAUCGAGAACAAGGCGCGAUGGGCGUCCGUGCUCUAUAUCUGGACGGAUUGCGAUCGAGAGGGCGAACACAUUGGCACGGAGAUUCGAGAGAUUGCACUGCGAGGAAACAAUAGGCUCAGAGGGCAAACCGUACGGGCUCGCUUCUCGAACAUCGAACGAGCGCAUGUCAUCAAUGCGGCGCGCAAUCCUGUUGCUCUCGACGAAGCGCAGGCGAAUGCGGUCGAGUCGAGGAUCGAGCUGGACUUGCGCAUUGGAGCUUGUUUCACGCGGAAGUUGACGCUGACUCUCAAACCAAUGCUUCCGCCGUCGGAAGAUACUGCCAAGAAGCCCAUAAGUUAUGGCAGUUGCCAGUUUCCUACGCUCGGAUUCGUGGUCGAGCGAUACUUUCGCGUUCGCAACUUCGUUCCCGAGACAUUCUGGGGCAUCAAGGUCAUGCACGAGAAAGGAGGGAUCAAGGUCAAUUUCAGAUGGGCUCGCGGGCAUCUCUUCGAUCGCAUGAUGGCCGUGGUCCUGUUCGAGCGAUGCCUCACUGCGCGUACAGCGAGAGUAACCAAAGUGCAGACCAAGCCGACUAGCAAGUGGAAGCCGUUGCCGCUGACUACCGUGGAGCUUCAAAAGUGUGGCAGCAGAUUCCUGCGCAUGGACAGUCAGCGCGUGAUGACUGUCGCAGAGAAGCUCUACCAAAGUGGGCACAUAAGCUAUCCACGCACCGAGACUGAUCAAUUCGAUGGCGGGAUGGACCUGCGCGCUCUGGUGCAGAAGCAGACUCCGAGCCAGUCCUGGGGCCAGCACGCCCAAGGGCUGAUGAAUGGUGGCUUCUCGCAGCCACGACCGGGUCGCAAUAACGACAAAGCGCAUCCGCCGAUCCAUCCUGUCAACUUUGUUGCACCGAAUGUGCUGAAUCAAGAUGAACAGAAGGUGUACGAGUUUGUUGCUCGGCGUUUCAUCGCCUGCUGCAGUGAAGAUGCCAAGGGCUCGAAGACCGAAAUCAGCAUCCUGUACGGCGACGAGACAUUCAACACUUCUGGAUUGACAGUUCUCGAGCGUAACUACCUCGAUGUCUAUCCUUACGACAAGUGGACGAGUACUCAGGAACUUCCGCGCUUCGACGAAGGAGAGACGCUCACGCCCACAGAAGCUCGCAUCCACGAAGGCCAAACAAGUCCCCCGGGAUAUUUGACCGAGCCCGAGUUGAUCGCGCUAAUGGAUGCUAAUGGAAUUGGGACCGACGCGACCAUGGCAGAGCAUAUCGCAAAGAUCAAGGAACGUGAGUAUGUCCAGACCAGACCUCGUGGCCGACGUCCUCGAAACGAAGAUGAAGAGGUGUCCGAGGAGGAGGACGAGAUUCCCGGGCAAGCCGCUGGAGGUCGGGGCCGUGGUCGCGGACGCGGUAGAGGCGGAAGAGGCCGCGGUGGUCGAGGCGGCGCGAACAGUGGUGGUGGUGGUGCUACGAGUGGAGUGCAGGAGUUCAUUCCAACAACGCUCGGGGUCGCUUUGAUUGAGGGAUACGAGAGUAUGGGCUUCGAGAUCAGUCUGGCAAAACCAUUCCUGCGCAAAGAGGUAAGUCUUGGACGUCGUCUUCCAUGGCCGACCGCCACCAGCUAAUACAGCCCAGAUGGAGAUGAGGAUGAAGGCCAUCUGCGAGGGUCGCAAGACCGGACCGGAGGUGGUUGCGGAGACGAUCGAGCAGUACCGCAUUGUCUACGGACGCACAGAGCAGCACAUUGAACUGCUUCGAAGAGUGAGUGCCAAGUCUACGGACCAGGCCGCUGAAUGCUGAUCUGAUCAUCUAGGCCGUGCGAAAGUACGUUCUUGGGCAGCAAGUCUGA